AUGGCCGACCGACAGGCGGUGCAGCAGAACCUCAACGGGCUGCUGUCGAAGCUCGAUGACCCCGACCCCGAUAUGCGCUACAUGUCUCUCAAUGACCUUCUCGGCAUCCUCAACAACCCCAAUUCUUCUUUCCUGUCUCAUGAUCAGUUCAUGUCCACCCGACUGGCCGACGGUCUUCUUAAAGCCCUCGACGACCAGCAUGGCGAUGUCCAAAAUCAAGCAUUGAAGUGUCUCGGGCCUCUCGUUGUCAGACUACCCUCCGAUAAUCUAUCCUCGAUCCUAGAGAAGCUCUCCACCUUGACCGCAUCCCAAACCAUCGACACUUCCGUCCCCAACACGGCCCUCCGAGUUAUCGUGACCGCCCUUCCUCGACCUCAGUCUGGACAGCCCGCUAGUACCGAAGCUUCGGCCGCGUAUUCGUCCGUUUCUCGGGUCCUGAUCCCUCGUCUGGUCGGUCCCACUCCGUCUCCGACAGGUCGACGGGGGUCGGUGGUCAAGGGAAUGCUCGAGAAGGAUACCUCGAAGGGCUUCAGCAGUGAUGCAAUUGACGUGCUCAUCCAAGUCGUCACUUGUUUCGGUCCAUUGCUGAGCGAGCAGGAGCUGACCGAUCUGAAGAACUCGGUGAUGACAAUUAUUGACAACGACACUGCUGGAACUGUGGUCACGAAACGAGCCCUGGCGGCUAUCUCCGCUCUGGUCCUCCAUUUCUCGGAUAAUCAGCUGAACGAGUUUGUGGGCGAACUUGUACAGCGCUUCCAGUCCCCCAGUGUUGUGCACCAGCGGCACCUCAUCGCGACAGUCGGCAGCAUUGCGAGAAGCGUACCCGCCAAGUUCGGUCCUCACCUGCCGGUUUUGGCACCUUUCGUUUUUUCUGCAGUUGACGAAACUGAUCUAGCGCAAGUAUGCUAUGAACAGUCACUCUUCCAAUGGAUGAACCGUCGCUAA